AUGACAACAACGGCCGUCGCCAACCAUCCUAGCAUUUUCACUCACCGGUCGCCGCUGCCGUCGCCGUCGUCCUCCUCCUCAUCGCCGUCAUUUUUAUUUUUAAAUCGUACGAAUUUCAUCCCUUACUUUUCCACCUCCAAGAGCAAUAGUGUCAAUUGCAAUGGCUGGAGAACAAGAUGUUCCGUUGCCAAGGAUUAUACAGUUCCUCCCUCGAAAGUCGACGGUAAUCAGUUCCCGGAGCUGGAUUGUGUGGUAGUCGGAGCAGGAAUUAGUGGACUCUGCAUUGCUAAGGUGAUUUCGGCUAAUUAUCCCAAUUUGAUGGUGACGGAGGCGAGAGAUCGUGCCGGUGGAAACAUAACAACGGUGGAAAGAGAUGGAUACUUAUGGGAAGAAGGUCCUAACAGUUUCCAGCCUUCGGAUCCUAUGUUGACUAUGGCUGUAGAUUGUGGAUUGAAGGAUGAUUUGGUGUUGGGAGAUCCUGAUGCGCCUCGCUUUGUCUUGUGGAAGGAUAAACUAAGGCCUGUUCCCGGCAAGCUCACUGAUCUUCCCUUCUUUGAUUUGAUGAGUAUUCCUGGCAAGCUCAGAGCUGGUUUUGGUGCCAUUGGCCUUCGCCCUUCACCUCCAGGUUAUGAGGAAUCAGUUGAGCAGUUCGUGCGUCGUAAUCUUGGUGCAGAAGUCUUUGAACGUUUGAUUGAACCAUUUUGUUCUGGUGUUUAUGCCGGCGACCCCUCAAAAUUGAGUAUGAAAGCAGCAUUUGGGAAAGUGUGGAAGCUAGAACAAACUGGUGGUAGCAUUAUUGGGGGAACCUUUAAAGCAAUAAAGGAGAGAUCCAGUAACCCUAAACCGCCUCGUGAUCCGCGUUUACCAACACCAAAAGGACAAACUGUUGGAUCAUUUAGGAAGGGUCUGAGAAUGCUGCCGGAUGCAAUUUGUGAAAGACUGGGAAGCAAAGUAAAACUAUCAUGGAAGCUUUCUAGCAUUACAAAGUCAGAAAAAGGAGGAUAUCUCUUGACAUACGAGACACCAGAAGGAGUAGUUUCUCUGCGAAGUCGAAGCAUUGUCAUGACUGUUCCAUCCUAUGUAGCAAGCAACAUAUUACGCCCUCAUUCGGUUGCCGCAGCAGAUGCACUUUCAAGUUUCUACUAUCCCCCAGUUGCAGCAGUGACAAUUUCAUAUCCUCAAGAGGCUAUUCGUGAUGAGCGUCUGGUUGAUGGUGAACUAAAGGGAUUUGGGCAGUUGCAUCCACGUUCACAGGGAGUGGAAACACUAGGAACAAUAUAUAGUUCAUCACUCUUCCCUAACCGUGCUCCAAAUGGCCGGGUGCUACUCUUGAACUACAUCGGAGGAGCAACAAAUACUGAAAUUGUGUCUAAGACGGAGAGCCAACUUGUGGAAGCAGUUGACCGUGACCUCAGAAAAAUGCUUAUAAAACCCAAAGCACAAGAUCCCUUUGUUACGGGUGUGCGAGUAUGGCCACAAGCUAUCCCACAGUUUUUGGUCGGACAUCUGGAUACACUAGGUACUGCAAAAACUGCUCUAAGUGAUAAUGGGCUUGACGGGCUAUUCCUUGGGGGUAAUUAUGUGUCUGGUGUAGCAUUGGGAAGGUGUGUUGAAGGUGCUUAUGAAAUAGCAUCUGAGGUAACUGGAUUUCUGUCUCAGUAUGCAUACAAAUGAAACCUCCUCUUGGGGAGGUACUGUUGGGUCCAAACCUUGUUAGUAAUUCCAUUAUGCCUUUGGAAUGUUGGCAUGUGCCUAAAAGUUUUGCUGAUUAGAGUUAUUUUAGCUUUGGUAAAUGAUUUAUGCUUGAUUUCAGUCGUUUUUGUUGUAAUCUUGGUUCUGAUUUCCUUGAGACAAAAUGUUCUUGUUAAGGAACAAUAAGUUUAGAGUUCGAGUAUCUGUUAAUUGUAAGAAAAUCUAACAUAUUGGGCAUAAUUAGCUGCCUGCUUUGCCAGUAGAUAUAUUAUAAGGCUUGGUUAAAU